ACACCCCACUCAUCCACACACACCAGAGACUACUCACUACCUGAGAGGUGAGAGCGAGCAUCGGCUUGGCCAGCGAGGUUGCAGUAGCAGCUAUGGCGACACAUCGCCUCUCUUCUUGCUGCCUUCUCCUCGCCAUGCUCCUAGGGGCAGUGGCUGCCAGCACCGCCUUCGACGAAGCAGCGGCCGCCGCCGGUGUCGGCCUUGGUCACGGCGCGCGUUUUGCACGCAAGCCUGGACGUGCGGCCGUCGAGAUGCCGCAACCAGAGCCCCAGCCUAUGCCAGAACCCAAACCCGAACCAAAACCAGAGCCCCAGCCCAUGCCAGAACCCAAACCCGAACCAAAACCAGAGCCCCAGCCCAUGCCAGAACCCAAACCCGAACCAAGACCAGAGCCGCAGCCUAUGCCAGAACCCAAACCCGAACCAAGACCAGAGCCGCAGCCCAUGCCAGAACCCAAACCCGAACCAAGACCAGAACCCCAGCCCAUGCCAGAACCCAAACCCGAACCAAAACCAGAGCCCCAACCCAUGCCAGAACCCAAACCUGAACCAAAGCCAAUGCCACGUCCAGAGCCAAAACCUGAGCCUUUGCCACACCCGGAACCAAAACCGGAGCCUCACCCUGAGCCCUUGCCUAAACCUGAGCCAAAGCCAGAGCCUUUACCUCGCCCUGAACCAAAACCUGAACCUCAACCUAGGCCUUUACCAAAACCUGAGCCAAAGCCCGAACCUAUGCCACAACCGGAGCCCAAACCAGAGCCGCAACCUGAGCCCAAGCCCAUGCCUCAACCUGAACCCAAACCGGAACCAAAGCCCGAACCAGAACCUAUACCGGAGCCUAAGCCGGAACCUAAGCCGGAACCUGAACCAAAACCCGAACCCAAACCAAAGCCAGAGCCGCCCCAUAUCCCACCGGCAGCUGACAACUGAUUAUGUUGUCCCUCUUUUGUAUUAAGCGACGUAUAUAUGAUGGUAGUAUUUGAAUAAACCCGGCUGGUUCGCUGGGUCCGCCAUAGUUGUAUGCAGCAUGUAGGUGCUAGCUGCCGCUUGGUGUACCUAUUAUUUCUUUCCUUGUUGGAUGCAUGCAUCCAUGCAUGUAUGUAUGUAUGCUGAUUACACUAGUGCAGUUUGAUUUAUUCUCUGUACAUACGUUUACGUA